CCAUUCUACCCAGCAUACACAUUUGCACAGACCAGGGUCCCCAGGCCUCCGCAAUGUUGGCCCCUGCCUCCGGGCCCCACCUGCCUCCUUACCUGCUGCUGGCUCUGCUGUUGGGACUCACAGGUGUGGCAGGUGAGGCGGAACUGCAGGUGAUCCAGCCCGAGAAGUCAGUGUCUGUGGCGGCCGGACAGACGGCCACUCUUCACUGCAUCGUGACCUACCUGCUCCCUGCUGGGAAGGUCGAGUGGUUCAGGGGCACAGGGCCAGGCCGGGAGUUAAUCUUCAGUUUCAGAGGAGACCCUCACUCCCCUCGAGUAACAAAUGUUUCAGACGCCACAAGGAGAAACAACAUGGACUUUUCCAUCCGCAUCAGUAACAUCACCCCGGAAGACACGGGAACCUACUACUGUGUGAAGUUCCAGAAAGGGAACCCCGAUGUGGAGUUUAAAUCUGGACCAGGCACCCAGGUCACCGUGAGCGCCAAACCCUCUCCCCCCGUGGUGUCGGGCCCCACGGCCAGGGCCACACCUGAGCAGACUGUGAGCUUCACCUGCGAGUCCCACGGCUUCUCCCCCAGAAACAUCACCCUGAAAUGGUUCAAAAACGGGAAUGAGCUGGCAGCCUCCCAGACCACCGUGGACCCAGAAGGAGACAGCGCUUCCUACAGCAUCUUCAGCACAGCCAGGCUGCCGCUGGCCCCGGGGGACGUUCGCUCCCAGGUCAUCUGCGAGGUGGCCCACAUGACCCUGCAGGGGGGCCCUCCUCUUCGUGGGGCUGCCAACUUGUCCGAGACCCUCCGAGUUCCACCCACCUUGGAGGUUGCCCAGCAACCCAUGACAGGGGACCAGGUAAAGGUCAUUUGCCAAGUGAAGAAGUUCUACCCCCAGCGCCUCCAGCUGACCUGGUUGGAGAACGGACACGUGUCCCGAACAGAAACGGCCUCGACGGCCUUGAACCUCAUAGAGAACAAGGAUGGGACCUUUAACUGGACAAGCUGGCUCCUGGUGAAUUUAUCCGCCCACAGGGAAGAUGUGGUUUUCACCUGCCAGGUGCAGCAUGACGGGCAGCCCGCGGUCACCAAAACCCAUACCCUUGUGGUCUCUGCCCACCAGAAGGACCAGGAAGCCCAUACGACCCACGAUCGAGAACUGUCCACUCCACUCCUGGUGGCUCUCUUCCUGGGCCCCAAGCUGCUGCUACUCGUCUCUGUCUCUGCCAUCUAUGGCCACAGGAAGCAAUGGAUUCACUGGUGUCCCGGGAGGAAAACAGCACCGAGGACAUAGGAGACACGUGGAGAACAUUUCUGGAAUGAUGAGCAGAUAAUGAAAUGUGAACAUGGGUCCACGGCUCCUUCCUUCCUCCCCUGCUACAUGCCAUCCUCGGUCUCUGCUGCCUCCUUCCUUCCCUGAGGGGCCCAGCCUAAGACAAGGAACAACUAGAAGCUUCCACAACCCUGCCCCACAUGCCUGCUUCCCCAGAGACCCAGCUGCCCACAGUUCCUGCUGUUCCUCCUCAAAGACCUCGGUGCCCCCAGAGCUGGGUCUUCACACCUAUUCCCGAGCAGGGGCCAUGGGAACGUCUGUGGAGACUGACACAUGGAUAUCUUACUAGAAUGAGACAAGCAAGUCCUGGUACACACACCAGUCUAUCUCUCAUCCAUCUUCUGGGGACGGUGGUCAUGAACUACACAUUCAAGUCCAUGCUCCAACAGGUUAUUCCUGCCAACCGCCCGUCUCCCCAGCCUUGGUAAGGUUCUUCAAUCCCUCUUAAAUAGAAACGAAUCCCAUCUUGGUUUGAAGGGGAAAAAAGGAUCCUCCUUCCUCUUUGCCUACCUGCCCUAUUCCUCAAUCCCAGAGAGAAGAUUCCCUCCUCUCCCUGUGAUGGGAACACUAGCUCUUCUGUCACCUUCAUCCUUCCCAACCCCCCUGCUCAUGUACACACGCUGGCAGUACAGAAGACAGGAGCCUUCCUUGAUUUCCUUCUUUAUAUCCCAUUUCAAAUCUGCCUUCCUAAUGUAUGUCCAGCGACCAGACGGUGUUAAACCAUCUACAUCUGGACAGAAAAAGAAGCCCGAUUUGUAGUGCUUGUCCACUUCUGUGGCGUCUACACUCCCAACGUGGCCAAUUUCAAGCUGCCAACAGUGGAACAACUAGCUUGCGAAAUUCUUGGAAAGCUCUCAGGAGCGAGCUCUCCUCCCGCCCACCAGGGAGCUCCACCCAGCACCUGCACACUGCUCGCUCCCGGGCUGCCCCCUGGUCCCGGCCACCAGCAUCCCUUCCUGGACCAUUGCCACGUCCCUAACAGACUCUCCGGGUUCAGCCACAGUGAUCCUACAGAAACGGAAGUCCGAUUGUAUCCUUCCUCUGUUUCUUCCCCCUACAGAUAAGCAUGGCUCCGUUUCUCCCUCUUUCAAGCUCUCCAGUCACGUCACUUAUUAAAAACACCUUCCUUAAACCACCCACAUAAAAUAUCAAUUCCUGUCUCUCACUCUUUGUUCCCACAGCUCAUACCCGAACUGAAUUCUUUUCCUAGAACUUAAGACCAGCCAACAUGAUAAAUGGAGACAGUGCUCACUUGCACAGUGAUGCAGGACCAAAACAAUGACGGGUGCAGCUGACACCAGGCGACAUGAUCUCAAUAAUCAGAGGGAAAAGCAACAAUUUUUCUGUGAACUUUAGAAACUUUUUUCAACACAUUGGGAACCCCCCAACUGCCACUUAUGAAUGUACAGAGACAUGAAAAGACAGUAAAACUAUUAUCCAUUUGGUAAACACUCAUUUGAAACAUUAGAAACGUUGAAAGGUGGGGCGCCUGGGUGACUCAGUCAGUUAGGCGUCCACCUCUUUGAUUUUGGCUCAGGUCAUGAUCUCACAGUUCAUGGUUUCGAGCCCUUCAUUGGGCUCUGGCUGGAGAGCAGAGAGGCUGCUUGGGAUUUCUCUCUCCCCCUCCCUCUGCCUCUCCUGACUUGCUCUCUGUGUCUUAAAAAAAUAAAACAAAAAACAUUAAAAAUUUUUUUAAUUAAAAAAAAAGAAACCUUGAAAAGGGAAGUGGUUUAUUUUUUUUAAAGACUUACCUAGAGUAGUUUGUGGAGAGUGCUUGCCUUCUUGUAACUAAGUGCACAGUUUACAAGAAAACAAGCAUCUCAAUGAUCUUACCUGCUUCUCAAUUGGGAUUAGAUUGCAACGUUGCUGCACUUCCAAUGCUGUGAACGCCUGACAACAUAUUCGUGAACAUUUUCUGGUGUCACGUCUUCUGGGACAUCGUCUCCCCACCCCUCCCCCUUUCCUCAGUGAUGUGGUAAGUUUGCAUUCACUCUCCUCCUCUGGCUGCAUAUCUAGACUCUGGAAACGGUAUCCCUGGCAGCAUUCCCAUGAAGGUCUCGGUAUCUUGAUGAACCCCACUCACAUUGAGUUUGAACUUCAGCUGCAGCCUCAGCUCUUCUCAUUUCUCCUACACACAUUCAGUUUGGUCCCCAUCCCCUUUUUUCAUUUUUUACUUUCAUACAAUGUCACCCGGGUUCAUCUCAGGGCAGGGGGACCAGGAGACAACAUAACCAUCUGCUUUGCAAUUGUGGUAAACAAACAUCACAACCCCAAUAUCCUGGCACCCUGAUCUUAGACUUCCAGGAUCCAGAAUGGAAGGAAUUGGUUCCUGUUGCGCAAGACAUCCAGUUUAUGGUGUUUUCUUACAGCAGCACAAGCCAAGACAAAAUCUAAUAAAUUAUGAACUUUGCUUAAUGAGCAGGUACCAAUAUUGACUCAUUAAUGAUAACAAAUGUACCGUACUACUGUAAGACAUUAAUAAGAGGGGAAACUGUGUGAAGCUGUAUAUUGCAACUCCCUAUGACUGUGGCAGUUUUUUCUAAAUGUAAAACCGUUUCACAAAAUUAAGUCUAUUUAAAAAAAAAUUGCAACAUCUUGUC